AUGGCUGAAGCAGCAGUUUCCUUUGUUGCAGAGCGGCUUUUUGAUCUGCUCAAAGAAGAAGUUGUUUUCCUGAAAAAUGUCCAGGAACAAGUUGAAGGAGUGGGAAACGAGCUUGUUCGGAUGAAGUGUUUCCUGAAAGAUGCAGAUAUGAAGCAAGUGGAAGAGCAAGCCGCAACAAUCCGCAACUGGGUAUCUGAAAUCAGAUCAGUUGCCUACCAUGCUGAGGAUGUGAUUGAAAUAUUCAUCCACCAAGUUGCUUCCCUAGAACGAAAGAGCUUCUUCAUUAAGUGCGCCCUUUUCCCUAAGAAACUAUAUUGGCUUCACAAAGUAGGGGAAGAGAUUGAGUCGAUUCAGAGCAGAAUUUUGGAAAUAUCCAACAGCCGGGAGAGAUAUGGCAUCAUCUCAUAUCAAGGGCUGGGAAUCGGGGAAGGGUCGAGCACAACACGCGAGAAGAUGCGUGAAUUGCGACGCUCCUCUCCUUUGGUUGCCAAUAAGGAUGUUGUUGGCCUAAAGAAGCAUGUGAACGCCGUAGUGUCAAUCCUUCUAAGGGAGGACAAACGGCUUCGUGUUGCUUCAAUUGUGGGUAUGGGUGGCCUCGGUAAGACGACUCUUGCCAAAGAAGUUUAUAACGAAGCUCACAUCAGAGACCAGUUUGACUGUCAAGCAUGGAUUUAUGUAUCCCAAGAUUAUAAACCCGCAAAGAUCAUCAAGGAACUCAUUUUACAACUGGCAAAUCCAGAAGAAGAUAAAGUGAAGAUUGUGGAAACAAUGGACAAAUUGUCAGAGGCUGGAUUGGAGGAAAUGCUCCAGAGGCGCUUGGAAGGAAAACGCUAUCUGAUUGUUCUUGAUGACAUCUGGACCAAAGAAGCAUGGGAUCUUCUUGCUAGGUCAUUUCCAGACAAUGAUAAGUCAAGUAGAUUGCUACUUACCAGCCGCAUAAAGGAGGUUGCUUUGCACGCAGAUGCCCAUACUAUACCGUACGAACUUAAAGUAUUGAACGAGGAGGAGAGCUGGGAACUCUUUCUCAAGAAAUCAUUCCCCGAGGAAAGAGAGUGUCCAGAGGACUUGGUGGACGUUGGGAAAGAGAUUCUGGAAAAAUGUGAUGGCUUGCCACUGGCAAUCACUGUCAUAGGAGGCCUCUUAGCUGGGAAGAAGAAGCAAAGAAGUGAGUGGGAGAGGGUAAAGAGAAACCUCAGCUCACACCUUGCAGGAAGCCAAACUUAUGGCGUAUCCGCAAUUUUGGCGUUGAGUUAUCACGACUUACCUCCCGACUUGAAAUCUUGCUUUCUCUAUUUAGGCCUUCUCCGAAAAGACAGAGACAUUUCUGUGCAGCAGCUCAAGCACCUAUGGAUUGCCCAUGGUCUAAUUCAUCAAAAUCUGGGAGAACAACAGAGAUUAGAGGACAUUGCGGAGGAUUAUCUCGAUGAGCUCAUUGGCAGAAAUAUGGUUCAAGUGAUCCUAGUUAGAGCAGAUGACAGAGUUAGAAGUUGCCGGCUCCACGAUCUCCUGCGAGACUUUUGUAUCAUGAAAGCAAAGGAAGAAAUAUUUCUCAUCAAUCUCGACACCAUGUCCUUUACUGUCCACUCGAGAGAUAGUAUUGGGAAACUAGGUUGCUUGAAGUACUUAGGCAUAGGAUGGAAGACACGCAUAAAGAUGCUUCCCCCUUCUUUAAUUCGGUUGAAAAACUUGGAAACGAUUGAUAUGCCCAUGUCUAGGCAUUAUUCUGUACUAAUUCCUAAUGUCUUGGGGAAGUUAGAGAAUCUGCGGCGUCUGCUUGGUUACAUAAAUUCCCCGAGCCUAUUGAAGAUUGACCUACCCAACAAUCUCCAAAUUAUAGGCAGCAUACCUGUUAAGCACUGGAUGCAUAAUGAAAACCUGACAAGAAUGACUAAUCUCCAGAAAGUUGGUUUGUUCAUUCAAGAUGAUCAUGACCUAGACAUGGAUCGAUUGUGUGAUUCACUUGCGGAGCUUAAGAACCUUCAGUCCUUGUGCUUGGAAGUAGAGGGUCGCUCGCAAAUUUCUCUGGUUGCUGGUUUAUCUAAGGUGAGUCAUAUUGCCAAGCUUAAGUUGAAGGGACGGCUAGCCUCAAUGCCAGCUCAUCCUUGUGUAUUUCCGCACAACCUUUGUCAGCUGACUUUGGUGAACUCCAAGCUUCAUCCAGAUUCAAUCCAAGUGCUGGAGAAGUUAACCAACUUGUCAGUUCUAAAACUAGUUAACGCUUUUGAUGGAAGGACACACUAUGACAGUCUAACAGUAUCAGAGAAUGGGUUCCGUGGGCUCAUGUUUCUCAGGGUGGAACUACUAACUAUGACAGAAAUGAAGCUAGGGAAAGGUGCAAUGGCAGGACUCAAACACCUGCAGAUCUUCGACUGCUACUCGUUGAGGAAGCUCCCAGAAGAGUUGAUAUUAUUGACCAACCUUGAGAAGCUGGAGAUUCGAGGAAUGCCUGAAGAAUUUUGUGCUAGGCUUCAAACUUCAGAUUUUCACAAACUCCAACAUAUUCCCAAUGUUGUGGUUGGACCUCCUAGUACAAAUGAAGAUGAACUGGAGAUUCUUGCUUUGCGUGAUAAGAUCAGGAUAGGGUUCAUGGCAAAUAUGGCAGCAUUAAAGUUCAUUGAUAAGGGGAGGAUGACGAAUGUCAAUACUGAUUGA